GCAGAAGACACGGAGGGCGAUUUUGCUAUUCGUUUUGUCGACGAAAACGACUACAGAGAGAUUUCUGCUAAAGCUGUGUCAGCGAAACGGAAUUAAAAAAAGAAUCGCCCUUUCUGGCUUGUUUCUAAGCAUUGUCACGACGUUGAUCCGAGCGAAGCUGAGAGUUCUAGCGGAGAAGAUGAAAAAGUCAGUGCAAGCGAGGAGGAAGCUGUAACCGAAACGGAGAGUACCAAUGAAAUACAAGAAAACGUAGAAAGCUCCUAUUCCGAUGAUAGUUCAGCAGAUGAAGCGAAGAGGAGAAAAAGUGCAAGGAAACCUAAACGUGCGCCUUCGAGUUCGACCGUCACCAAAUCAAGCAAAAAGGCGCCGAAGAAAUCAAAUAAACGAAACAAGAGUCUUUCGGAAGAAAAGAUGGAGCUAUUCCCUUUUCCCAGGUGA